AGUAUUGCAGUGAAAAAGUCACAAAGUAUGACGUAAGUUUAGUAAAGAGAGCGUUUAAAAUAGAUUUGUCAAAGUUAUAUAUAACACCAGCGCCUACGCCUAAAGUGUCAAAGAAAAUAAAAUCAUAUGGUGAUAUGGUUUGGUAAAAAAUGAGGUUAGAUUGCAUGAUACUGUAUAUAACAAGUUUAUCGCAAUGAUAAACUGAUAAGUGACUGCACACAUCAAGCCGGAUUAAUCAUUUACAAGAAAUAACGAUUGUAUCGUCCACUUAAAAAAACAUUUUAGUACAAUUCGCUUAAGAUUAUGAUGAACGUAUUGAUGCCGGUUGUUUAAUUGUGCCCGCGCCGCCGCUGCAGUUACGCGGACGCAGCGAAAUACAAACAUUCCCUGAGGUGGAACGACCUGCCUUUGUUUUGAGACGAGUUUCAAACUUUACUUGACAUGUGAACACAGAAAAUGGCUCUGUCCUCGAAUUGUUGGAAAUAUCUUGUAUUAACCUUCAAUGUUUUAUUCGCUAUGUCGGCAGUGGCGCUAUUUGGAGUUAGUGGAUUUCUCGUAUAUCGCCUGUUUAUUUACCGGCAUUUUAUCCCAAUAAAUGUAGAGUAUCCAGCAAUAUUGCUAUUGAUGAUGGCAAUCAUUACAUGUUCUGUAGCAUGGAUUGGAUGGCGGUCUGCAAAAUCUAUGCAUCAGUUUCACGUCGUUAUGGCUGGCCUCUUGAUCGUUAUUGUGGUAGUCAUUGAGUUUUCCUGCUUCGUUUGGGCGAUGGUUGUGUGGGACAACGCAGAAAUCGAGAUAAGGAGCACCAUGACUAACUACUUUAUGCUUACCAGUAAAAUUGAGGACCCUAAUUCUGUGGAUUCGUUACGAUGGGAUAAAUUACAAGUCCAGUUCGAAUGUUGCGGCAUCAGUGGUCCUGGGGACUACUCGGCAUCUAAACAUGUGCCGUUCUCUUGCUGCGGCCAGGGUCCGUUGGACUCGCUACACAAGCCCUACACAGCAGAUUGUACAACGCUCUACCAGCGCGGUUGCGGGAAGCAAUUACACCAGUAUACCAAGGAUCAACUAUUGCUGGUCGCUAUGACAGCGCUCACGGCUUCCAUAUUGCAGAGCACUGGUGUCUUCUGUACGUUUUUUCUCGCGCACGCCAUUUUGGCGCGGCGUCGGGCGUCAAUAAGGCAUUCUGUUUCAGUGAGGGAAGCUACUUUCUCCGCUCCAGAUGAUUCCUUAUUAGCGCCUACAGCACCUGCACCUACCUUGCCCAAGUAUUAAAGUGAUUGUGACGUUCUAGAUGUUUCUAGAUAAUCGCAAAUAAACGGUUAAAUUACGACCGUCCAUAGGAUUUUAUCCUUACUUGCCAAAUUUUAUAUUUGUGUAUUUUAGU